AGCCAUGGAGGUCCCUGCGGGGCUGUCUGCAGGAGAGGAGGCCGCCGCCUCGCCCGCUGCCGCAGCUUCUCCCAGCCGGUCGCACCCCUCACCACCCAUACAGAUCGCCGUGCUGCAGGCGCAGGGCCUGAAAAGUCUCAAAAGCGAUGUGUCAGUUACUUUGGUGCGUGUGGAGUACAACGGAGCCAUCUUGGGAGACUCCUCCAGGGCUGAUGUCUUGCCAAACGGGACAGCAAACUAUAAUUUCAUGGCCAGCUUUGAGUGCAGCUCCAAUGGGCCCAACUCCUUGGAUGACAUUGCACAAAACCCUGUGCUCUUGACAGUGAUAGAAGUGUGUCAAAGGGAGAAGAGGCAGAAGGAGAAGACUCUGCCUCUUGGCCAAGCUGUGGUGGACCUUCUGCCUCUGCUGCAAGGACAGUGCUCAUUUAAGGUCUUGGCUCCUUUGUAUGCAGUGCCCACCUCGCCAUUAGAGAACCUUCAGCCGGAGGCCAAGGGUGGCCUUGAAGUGACAGUGUGCACCGAAGAGCCCCUGCUUUCUGCAACGCAGCUUUCACAUGGAAACCUCCUGAGCGUCACACUGGAGGCAGCUUACUCUGUCCCUGAGGCGUUUGCUCCCACCGGACCCCUGCAGAACUACAUGGCUUGCUUGCAAGUACCUGGAGCUGGGAAGAAGGAAUUCCCCUUGCUCUUCAAGAAUGGCAUCCUGAAGCUGGCCGGUGAAAAAGAGCCAUUACCCCGGCCCAAAAAAUGGUCCCUUGCUAACGUCAUGGCUCCUGGUGCCCUGAGCAUACCCAACUCCUUCAUUGUUGGUGGGCCCUAUGAGGAUGAGGAUGGGGAGCUCAACAAAAGAGAGGACAGGGAGUUUAGGAUCCAAGCAGAAGGCAUGCAGAGAAUCGUAUGGGACAUGGAAAAGCGCUGUUACCUGGAUCCCACUGCGGUCGUCAUCCUACAGAAUCGCAUUGCGGAGUGCCAGUACUGGCCCGUGGAGGUCUGCAGGAUGGCUGUGGCCUCACCCAGCAAAGGGAAAACUAGCAAAGCUGACAAGGGAGAUGAGGACAAGCAGAUUUUCUUCCAUGGCGUGGCCUAUGUCAACAUGCUGCCUUUGCUGUGUCCUGGUGUGAAACGGAUCCGAGGCGCUUUUCGUGUCUUCUCCUACCAAGACAGCGAGGUGUUCGAGAAGACUAAAAGUCAGCGCAGUGUUUUCUGGGAUCUCAGGUCACAGCUCAGUCAGACUAAGGAAGAGCUGUGGAGCCCAGGAAUCAGUACUCACCUUUCCAGAGUCAUUCCCAGCAAGAAUCAGAAGGAAGAUAAAGAGAAAAUCACCAAAGAUAAGGAUUCCAUCAGAAGGAUGUCCAAUGCGCCCAAAAUCCAGUUGUCAGACACCAGUGAGGAAGCUGAAAAUGUCACAUAUCCCAGUCUUGAUGGACAGCAGUACGUUGAAGCAGGGACGUUCCUGGUGACGGAGAUAAAGCUGGACAAGGCCUUGGUACCCAAGCGAUUGCGAGAGGAGCUCACUGGACGGGUCAAGCAGAUGAUUCCUCCCCGCCCUUUGCUGCCUCCCCGGACCGAAGGAGCCAAGAAGGCUGUGGAAGAUUAUCACAACCAUGUCAUGAGCAUUGCCGUUGCCAUCCUAAGGGAAUACCAUGAGCUCUUUGGGAAGCAGCUGCCUGACCAGGGAACGAUAGACCACCCAACCCUGGAGGAACAGAAGCGUCAGCUCAACUGUAAGCUCAACAGCUCCGGGAAAUAUUUUGCUUUUAAGGAACAGCUAAAGUAUGCUGUUGUGAAGAUUGUGAGGGAGAAAUACCUGAAGACCAUGGCAUUUGAGACCCAGGAGCAGUUCCAGGCAUUUCUCAGUGAGCUCUACGUGUACCUUGUGGACCAGAUGCACAUCGCCCUGAACCAGCUACUGUCCGAGGAAGCUGCUUCCCCUGUCCCUCUGUCCCGCACGACCGAGGAGCAGCUCUGGCUUUUUGCUCGCGAAGCUGAAGUCAACAAGGACUACAAGCUGGCAUCUCUCUACCACCAGCAGAGGUUAGCUCAGGACCAGCACAACAUCCAGUACUGGCUGGACUACGGGGCCUUCUGCCUCCUGCUUGAGGAAACAACCAAAGCCCAGGAGUGCUUCCGGCAGNACCUGUCUGUCCCUCUCCCCAGCUUGCUGCUCUGCGGGAUCGUGGCUGUCACGCUGCAGCACUACGAAGAGGCAGAGAUUUUCUUUGAGGAUGCCUGCUGCUUGGAGCCAGCCAACGUUGUAGCCUGGACUCUUGCUGGUUUGUUUUAUGAGCUGCAGAAUAAUGAUAUUCAGGCAGAAAUGGCUUUCCGUGAGGCUAAGAAGCUACUGCAAGCACAGCUCGCCAAGGAGAGGAACAUCCCUGAGGCUGCUGGGGGAGAAGGAGGAAAAAAGCAAAUCUCUCCUGCGUGCCUGAGGUCCCCCAGCCCAGGCCCAGAAGAGUGCUCGCCAGAUGACUCAGCCAAAAGGGUGCCAGAGAUGUUGGAGCCUGCGCUGGCCUACCCGGAGCCCAAGGCUAUGGCACUGGAGGCAGCCCUGAAAGCACCACCCCCUGGUUCGGGAUAUAGCCAACGUCCCCGCACAAUCUUCAUGAAGGCAGUGGAAUUCCUGAUGAAAGGCAAUGCUGUCCAGUUUGUUCACAGGGCGCUUGCCCACGAGCUGCUGAGCCUUCAGGGAGGCCCCUCCUGUGCAUACUACCUGGCGUUGGCCCAGACAUACUUGCUGAAGGAAGAGUUCUCCAAAUGCGAAGAGUGUCUCUGCGAGGCUGUCAGGAUUGACUACAUGAAUCCAAAUGUCUGGGCUCAGAAAGGGCACCUGUGCUACCUGAAGAGAGACUUCGGGGAGGCAAAGGAAUGCUACGAGCGAGCCAUCAGCUUUGUGGACGAUGCUGCGGAUAUGCACUUCAUCUGCCUGCGCCUGGGCUCCAUCUACCUGGAAGAGAAAGAGUACGGCCGGGCAAAGCAGACCUACCUGCUCGCCUGCAAGAACUCUGCAUCCUGUCUCACCUGGCUGGGGGUGGGAAUCGCCUGCUACAGGCUGGAAGAGAUGCUAGAAGCAGAGGACGCUCUCUCCGAAGCCAAUGCCCUGGAUAACACCAACGCUGAAGUGUGGGGAUAUCUCGCCCUCAUCUGCCUGCAAGGAAGGCGGCAGCUGGAGGCAGAGCAAUGCUACAAAUACGCCAUCAAGGUGGGUACCUCCGCACUGCUGCGGGGCAGCCCGUGGGCAACCGGCGAGCGGCAAAGAAGCCGGCUCAGAGGGCCCCCAGCCCACGGGGUUCUCCCAGCCCACGGGGUUCUCCCAGCCCACGGGGUUCUCCCAGCCCACGGGGCGCCCCCAG